AACCAGAUGUGUGGAGAAGAGGGAAGAAGCUGCGCUCUGCUUUUUGGCCCAGUUUCUGAAGCUUCACAGGGUGUAAAUAGCUUCAUUGGGCAGGUUUAUGGUCAAGUUCAGUCAGACUUUAACCAAAAAAAAGUAAGCAGAGAGGGAAAGAUGAGUAACAGCAGAAAAGGGGGCUGAGCUUUUUCGUCAGUGAAGUUCAGGAAAUGCGAGAAAGUGCAACGCUUGCAGAAAAAGAUGAAGAAUAGUGGAUGAUACAAAAAAAAAAAUCUACCCGGUUAACCUUCGAACUUUCUUUCUUUCUGCUCACAAGAAGUCACAAGACGAGCUGUCGUAUAAUUUCACGGAUGCCACUUCUAACGAGAGCGCUUUACAUUCUGCAUUAAAGGGUUUUGGGAAGAGUCCAGGAACCCAAACUCAUCAUGUCCGUCUACUUUAAUCCGGGACCAGAUUCGGAAGUAAAUGGAAACAUCACAAAGAUGGAAGAUGCAAAAGUGGAAAUUGAUGAUGGAAAGGAGGAGAGCCCGCUACCAGACACUAUGUACCACAACAUUCGGAAAAAAAUCGCUCCAUUUGUUAUGUCCUUUGGCUUUCGUGUAUUUGGGAUGGUGCUGAUAAUUGUAGACUUUGUGCUGGUGAUUGUGGACUUCUCACUGCCAAACAAGAACAGAGAGGUCGGAGACGCUUUAGAAGCAGUGUCUCUCACCAUCUCCUUCUUCUUUCUGGCUGAUGUUCUCCUACGGGUUUAUGUGGAAAGCUUUAAAGUGUACUUCAGCUCCAAGCUGAACAUUGUAGAUGCCUGUGUUGUCGUAAUCACGCUGAUCGUCACAAUGAUCUACACCUUCAGUGACCUGUCAGGGGCCAGCCUGAUUCCCAGGGCCGUGACAUUUCUGCGCUUCUUGCGAAUAAUCAUCUUUGUGAGGAUUUUCAGGCUGGCAUCUCAGAAGAAAGAGCUGGAGAAGGUCACUAGGAGGAUGAUAUCUGAGAACAAGAGGCGUUAUCAGAGGGAUGGAUUCGAUCUUGAUCUAACUUAUGUAACAGACCGUGUCAUUGCCAUGUCCUUCCCCUCCUCCGGGAAACAGGCCUUCUACAGAAAUCCAAUCAGGGAAGUUGCCAGGUUUCUAGACACGAAACAUGGGGGCCACUACAAAGUUUACAACCUGUGCAGUGAAAAGGGGUACGACCCCAAGUUCUUCCACUACAGGGUUGAACGAGUCUUUAUUGAUGACCACAAUGUGCCCUCCUUAGAAGACAUGCUGAAAUACACAGCAAGUGUGAGGGAGUGGAUGUCUGCUGAUCCUACAAAUAUCAUUGCUAUUCACUGCAAAGGAGGGAAAGGACGCACAGGUACUAUGGUGUGCACAUGGCUCAUUGACAGUGACCAGUUUGAAAGUGCUCAGGACAGUCUGGAGUAUUUUGGUGAGAGGAGGACAGACAAGAGUCAGAGCUCCAAGUUUCAGGGAGUUGAGACUCCCUCACAGAGCCGCUAUGUCGGAUACUAUGAGAUCAUGAAGAACAAGUACAACCGCCAGAUGCCUCCACCUAAAAGCCUGAGGAUAAAAAGCAUCCGGAUUCACUCGAUAGCAGGUGUGGGGAGGGGGAAUGGCAGUGAUCUGAGUGUGAAAAUAAUAGUGAAGAAAGAAUUGGUCUUCGAGUGUGUGUGCGCCAAGCAGAAGAACUGCAAGGUAUUUCCUGACGUGGGCAGCAAUGCUGCAGUAAUCAGCCUGCAGGAUGGGCCUAUGGUUGAAGGGGAUGUCAAGGUUAUGUUUGAAUCGAGUGCAGGUCUUCCGAAAGGAUAUGAAGACGUUCCUUUCUACUUUUGGUUUAAUACGUCCUUUGUAACAGAAAACAAGUUGUUUCUGCCCAGAGAAGAGCUUGACAACCCACACAAGUCUAAAACCUGGAACCUAUACAAAGAGGAUUUUGGUGUCACCAUGUUCUUCUCAGAAUCUGAUUAAAGCCACAGUACAGAGAAAAGGCGAACCAAAAAGAGGUGUAAUUUUGGAAAAGGCUGUGAAGAAAUCAGCAACAUAAAUACUAAAUAGUUUGUAAUAAACUGUCCAAACCUUAAACCUUUUGUUUAGACAUUGGUAAGAACUGGAUCCACCCGAUUAAAAUCACUACAGUAUUGCUUUGAUGUGUUUUGACUCUUAAAUCUGAAGUGUUGGAACCUUUAUGAUUAAACCAGUGGUAAA